AUGUCCUCUCCCCACAUCCUCAUAAUCGGCGGCGGAAUAGGCGGCCUCGCCUUGGCUCAAGGCCUCAAAAAUCACUCCAUCCCAUUCACGCUCUUCGAGCGCGACCCCUCCCCCUCCACGCGAGCCCAAGGCUACCGCAUUCGCAUCGCUGGAAUUGGGGCCCAAGGACUGCAUUCCUGUCUCGACGACGAGCUGUGGUCACUUUACCAGCGGACAUGCGCUGAAAGUAAAGGAAUGGGAGUGAAAAUGAAUGCUAUUGAUGGGGGCAAGGUGCCAAUUUUCAGACCGGGUGGACCGGGGGGGCCAGGGGGUCCAAGGGGUCCUGCUGAUAGGACGACGCUGCGGGCUCUACUCCUUCUCGGUAUAGAAGGGAACGUAAAGUUUGGGAAAUCAUUCGCAAGAUAUGAAGUCACUGAAAAUGGAGUAACGGCCUUUUUCAGCGACGGAACGAGCGAGAAUGGGACGUUGCUCGUUGGAGCAGAGGGUGUGGCUUCAGUUGUCAGGAAACAGCUCUUGCCGUAUCAUCGAUAUGUUGAUACUGGCUCUCGUGUCCUGUACGGCAAGACGCUCAUCACGCCUGAACUCGAGGAGCGCUUCGCGCCUGAAGUAAUGCAGGGUGGUAUCACGGUUAUCCAGGACUCUGCGCCUCUGACGUUGUUCCUGGAGCCCACUCGUUUCGCAAAUGAUAACUCGAUCGAGUCUCAGGGGCGGAUUACAAAGACUGAGGAUUACGUGUAUUGGGUUCUUGGUGGAAGCGCCGAUAACAUGGGUCUUUCCGACUCUAAAUUCCAUUCCCUCAAUGACAAAGAGGCAGCGAAUUUGACGGUGAAAUUGACAGAGAAAUGGCUCCCUUCUUUUCGCUGCUUGUUGGAGCUCCAAACCACUUCACAGUGCGCACCUCUUCGCCUCAUCUCAGCUAAGCCAGAGAGGCCGGAGUGGAAACCUUCUGCACGCGUGACGCUGCUGGGCGAUGCCGCUCAUGCGAUGAUGCCUGCUGGUGGUUCUGGGGCAGCGUGUGCUUUGGGCGACGCUGCGUUGUUGCUGAAGUUGAUUGUUGAGGAGGGCGUGAGCGAGGAGACGAUGGAGAAGUAUAUUGAUGGGAUGUGGCAAUAUUCAUUGCCGGCUAUUCAGCAAAGUGCCAUGGCAGCACAGGGGUUGUUGGGAUUCAAGGGGUGGGAUGAUGCGAAGGAGAUCAAUCUUUGA